CUCAGUCAGUCGAGUGAAAAUCGUCGAGGUUGGUAGAUUGCUUGAGAUAGGUAGUUCAUUCUCUUGCCGUCUGUCGCCCGUAUUCUGCGUGUCUGGUUGCUGGUCACCACCACCCUGUUCCCUGUCUCUCUCGCUUACCUAAACUACCGUGCGUGCGUGGAGUCGAGUGGAUACCUUGAAGCAAUCGCGGCCAUCUCCCCAUCGUGGUAGAACCCGCACAUACCGCAUAGCGGUGAAAAUUGACUUUUUGUUCGACGUUAAGUCGCCAUCUUCGUUUUUUCCUGCUAGAAGCUGAUUGCGUUGUUGUGCAAGAAGAAUAACUCAAGUGUUCAUGUACUUUGGACAUUGAUAAAACGUAAAGGUAGUAGGCUAGCAAAACUGACCGAUGGGUCCCGAUGACGAUUGGUAAAUCUCAAACUUGAAUUCGAACAGGAACAGUUCAUCUAGGAAACAAAAUCUUAUAGACACUUUUAUCAGACUCCCCGUUGCUGGCCUAAUCGCAAAAAGGCGUACAAUAAUUAUAGCGGAGCGCACUUCCAAAGUGAAUUGUUAAUUGCAUAUAGAUGAACCAACAACCGUGGGUACCGUUGGAUCUCUGUGCUGCUCGGCAGUAGAGCUUGCUGGCGAACGUGGCCACAAAAAGAAGCAGCAAUAAGCAGCAGAGCCCAGUUUUCCUACUCGGCAUAGCGACAAGCGGAUCCGACGGUGUAGACGAUCAGCGGCAAGUGGUUGGUUGGCGGUGGUGGCUGCGGUGGUGCACCGGGAGGCAAGUGCUAAAAGGCCUCGCACAGACUGACUGACUGGUAGCAGUAGUGGUGAUCGGAGUGUAAAUAACAAGUUGAAUUUUCGAGCACGGGAUGUGCUAGUGUUGGUGGUGUGUAGAAAUAUUCUGGCUCGGGGCCGGAAAAUAAACCCAACCUGUGGACGGAGUGUGCGGGGGGCGGCUUACCGUCAAGAAAUGGAACCAGAGGAAGCACUGUACUGAGAAGUGAAAAAUUAACAUUGCCCAUUGUUGUUGUUGUGGCAGAUGAUGCAAGACGAAAAAAAACCGUAACACACAUGGGACGGGUUUUCCUACUGUCGGUGUGAAGCUGGUUGUUUUCUGUGAUUCCUGUGCUGCGUAAAGAGGAGCGUACGGAAACAUUAAUGUGGAUUAGAAUUGCAAAUCAGCUGACGUCACGUCUGUGUCUCAUCGUUUUCGUUUCAAGGACAGACUGCAGCUCCCCGGGGAAGGAGAAUUGUAUUGCUGCUUCGGACAACUUCCCGACCGCCACGCCAAACCCCGGCCCACCACCGCCGCCACACCGGCGAUUGUGAAAGAUCAACAGCAGCAGAAAAUAAAAAAAAAUAAAAACAGCGAAGGAGUACCCAUUACAAAAUAUGUAUAAUUAUCAUCGCCCCAAACACACCACCGGACGACGACGGCGGACAGAAGCCGAAGAGCUGAGAAUGAGCUAAAAUAAAAAAAAGAGAACCCGAGUGCAGUAAAUCAGCAAUCACAACAGAAGACGAUACCAAUACACGGUGACUGGCUCGCGGCACGAAGCGACGGAAACAAAGACACUGCACAAACACCGUGAAACCGGUCGCGAGAGCCGAACUGUUGGUCGAGAGCGACUGCUCUCUCACGCUGUAUGCUUCGGCAGCCGACUGCAGGUUCGUGCGGCCGAGCGCCUUUCGCUCGCUGUCAGUCGUCCAGGAGUAUUCGAGCGGUUCGCACGUAGUGUUCGCGUCGUUCGUCCAAUCGGUCGCCCUUGGAAAUAGUGAUUGAGAAAAAAAAGUUGUAAUUUUAUUUUUUGUACUGUGUUCACAUUGCCAGUAGGCGGAGUAGAAAGAAGGCAAAGAAAUACAGAAAGUGCUUUUGUGUGAACGUGUUCGUGUCCGUCAAAGUGUGGGGAAGCCAAGGCAAAGAAGAAGUGAAAAGUUACUGAAAAUUUUCUGACCGUGCGUGUGAUACAGCGGCUGGCGGGCUACUUAGCCAGCAGUGCGGUUUCGUACCGAUACAGUUAAGGCCUUUCAAGAGUUGGAUUUCCCAAUCACGUUCGCGCUUCCCCGUUUCCCCCAUUGUUCUUCCGGAAUGUGAGUGCAAUGCUUAAUCGCCGUGAACAGCGCAGUUAGGCUUCCAAGGAAACCCCCCCCCCCCCCCCCCCCGUUGUGCGUGUGUGUAUGUGAUCCGCAAUAGUUUUUACAGGCACUAUCUGGAUAGCAAUUAGCCGAUUACGAAAUCAACAACAAUCGCGUGGUCGUUGAAGCGUACCAGAACUACAGGUGUCGCGUGAAACUGUCAACUUUCCCCGUCUGCGUUCGCGAGUUAGUGCAACCCUGGGGGUCGAUUUUUUUUCGGUGCGGAAGAAACAAAGGAAAGUUGCCCCCGGAGGAAUAGAAAACGGAACAAACCAGCCAGCGUUGAGGCGAGAGACGCGAGAAAGAAGAAAAAAAAGUUCCACGCGUACAGGCGAACAACUGUGAGCUGUGAACGAGGCAGUAGGGUGGCAAGUGCUGUUUCUGGCGAUUCGCUCGUGGUAGUGCGCGAACAGUUCGCGGCGUGGCGCUAGUGUUUGUGGACCGGGUGAAAAACUAAACUCACCUGAGGCAUCGCAGCAAUCGACGGCUACGGCAAAAGAUACGACGAGCAUUGUUUGCCUGUGCUACGAGACGCGAUCGAGUGGAUAGUGAGCUAUGUUUGAAGAAAAGAUAGGGGGAAAAACGGGAAAAUGAGAUGAAUUAUUGUGCAAUUACGGCCGAACGGCUAUAAAUCUUGGAAGAAAAGAGAACAUCGUAAACGGUCCGUCCGGAACCUGAAAGAAACCUCUGUUGUUGGUGAGUGGUGGGAUUUAGUUUCUCGGCAUUUGAAAUUUUGUCGGAAGCAGGGAAAAGCGAGUGUGUGGGUGACCAAAGUGCAUUUCGGUGGGUUGUGUAUGCUGUGACGUUUCGAAAAGACCAAGAUGUCUUAUCGCUAUUGGAUUAUUGCUAACGGCAAAACACCAGCGGUAGCACUAGUACUACGCCCCGUGCAAUAUGGAUUAAGUAGGUGCUAUUUUUAGUCAGUUGUCGCUGUCGCUGUGAGUGUGACCCCAUUCUCGGCUCUCGGUUGUGCCGCAACGUUUUGGAUUACCAACGACCGCACCGCACCGCACUUCCCCUCAUCAAACCACACCUCACAACGCUGUGUUUGAUAGAGUAGUGCCUCUACCGAACGAUGCUGUAGUGAAUUAAUUAGUGUAGCAAAGCAUACACUCAUUGAAUUCUGAGUUUCACCAAGGAAUGUUCAAGAUCCGAGCGAAAAGCUGACGAGAGUUUCGAGCUACGACAUCGAUACGACACUCGAGCAACCAAGUAUUAGAUUUUAUUAAAGCGCUGUGAAAACCAACACACUUCUGGGCAGCUCUACUAGUAGUGCAUAGCAAUCGUCUUCAAAGCAAGAACCUACAAAUGAAAAAUGCAAUCAACGCAGCUCGUAGACUCACCGCCAGAUCAGUUGCAGUACGCGACAGAUCCGUUAGCGAUUGACCAAUCCGCUCAAAAGGAACCGUCCAGCAUAAAAACCGAUACAGUAGAAGCGCACACAUCAGGUCAAUCUCCCGAUCAGCGAUCGGAAGCUGUUGCGCCGCAAUCACAACCACAAAAUGAUUUUGCUCCCGCUGCAGACACGGCCGUACAAAAUCCACCACCAAAAGCCGCAGCAGUUUCGUCGGAAGCCAUUCCAGCGCCUGUUGAUGAAGUUCCGGUUGGCAAUGCAGCGAAUUCUCCCACCACAGACACGUCUAAUGUAGACGCGCAGGCGCUGAACAAUAGAGCUGGUCUAGAAGAUUCUGUUUCAGUAAUCGACAACAAGCGCGAUAAUAAACAGAUUGACAGUAGUGCUGCUGCGGCUAGUGACAGGAUAGAAUCGACCGUACCAAGCGCAGACACAUCGACAGUCAUAGCAGGCGCUGAAGAAGCGACGACAACGGAAGGUGUUAAAAGUGCCGAACCAAACAAUGACGUACCGACGAGUAAUGGCGGCAGUAGUGGUAGUAGUAGUAGUAGUGCAAGCGUUAGUAAUGGUAACAGCAAUAGCAACAGCUUCAUCGGCGUUAAAAGCGCCGUCACUAGUGAUAAUAGAAUAAAAAUCAAUGGAAUCAGUGAUCUUAGCAUACUCGAUGUUACCGAAGGUAACGACGACGAGAUUGAGGUGAAAGUUGAAGGUGGCAGCCUGAUGCACAAGGUGAUAAAAUUCUCCCUCCUCAACGGGAUGCAAGACAGCACGAAAAGAUUGGAGAAUAGUCGAUUGAUAAUGAGCGGAGUCAGCAGUACUAACGGGGAAGCAACGUUGGCAACGACGUCAUCCCUGUGCAGGGGUUCCCUCGGUGGAGGUCCUCUGCGGCAGGACGAUAAAGCGAAGGAGGAAGGCUUCAAGGGUGGUACACUGGAUAGCAAAACUACACCACCGGCGUGUUCUAGUGCGAGACCCGAGUCGUUGGAACCAAGUUCCUCGUUCAGCAACAGCAGUAACAGUAGUGAUAGUAGCAGCAACAUGAAGAACAGUGAAAACACCGAGUUGCGAUCGAAUCGGACAGAAGAAUCUAGCAAUCGGUUACGGCAUUCCACCGAAAGUAAGAUUAGUGGAAGUGGUAGUGAAUCCGUGCAUGAAGAAAGUGUUAGUGAUACCUACAGUCGAAGUGCUUCGUUGGAUUUUCGGGAGUGGCCUAUGGGGUCCACUACCGCACCGACGGUAGCUGCAUCAACCUCCAACACAAGUGUCGCAGCUACUACGAUCGGCACUGCCUCCUCGAUAGAUCUAUCAAAACCCGUCAAAGAGACUGAUCAUCCGACAAGCGCACCGAGUCCACCUACCAAGCGUUCGAAGGCAAUGUACUAUGCUGAACUGCCAGAUUUUAGCAAACCGGUCUUCACGGCACCGAGCUUGUCUACGACAACUCCAACAUCGACCACAUCGAACCGGGAUCGAAGUUUUUCCUCCACCAAAAGCCUUAGUCAGUUACAGAUGAAGACUCCGGAUUUUAGUCGCAUUAUGCCAGCUACAAGUGUUCCUCAGCCUAGUUCCAGUAUUCCACCGGCAUCUGCUUCGGCUGUUUCAGUAUCAACCACUACCUCGCGGUCUCACGAAUUGCAGAUAGCCAAUCCAGAUUUCUCCAGAAGUUUCAGCUCCAAGUUGCUACAUUCGGCUCCGCCGCUACCACCACCACCUUCGGCGAGGCCGGAUGAUCGAGCCUCGUAUUUGAACCAAGCUGCCUUCGCUGAGAUUAGUAAGCAGCGAAACUACAUUAGCGAUUUGCAGCUCAAGAACCCUCCUCGUCAAGAAACGGCCAAUCAGCCACACUCAAGCGUUGUGAAGGGACCAAUCUCUCAAUCAUCUGGUCCUAGUCUAAGCAACUACCGAAUCGAGAAACCGCAGAGCGCCAAGCCCUACCCUCCUAGUUUGUACCGCCAGGAACCUACCCAAAUGCAGAUGCAACUGGAGGAACCCAAAGCUCACGUCAUACACAAAUCGACUUCCGCUAGUCUACCGGAAACGGGAAAAACUUGGAACCCCGCAGUAGAGUACAGUUCAAAACCGUACCCUCAGUCGAGUGAAAAAGAUAGAUACUCUCAGCAGUAUCCAACAGCUAGCCAGAAGGGACCUCCUCCACUGACCAGCGAAUCACCUUCUCAUGUCUACCCUGGAUAUGCACCGUAUCCACCCCAACCAAGCAAGAGCAAAGAACCGAUACCUGUGCCAACGGCACCAGUUACCCACCCUGGCGGAAUUAUUGUAAACAACGUAAAACCGUACUAUCCAGAAAUUCCGCUGUCGCUUCCCAAAUCAAAGGAACCUGACUUUCGACUCGAACACAAAGAGAAACAACUCCGCCAGGAGGGAACCAUCAUAACACUGAAACCAAACGAGAGUCGACCUCCCGUGAAUCUUCCUCACGCAACGAGUUCACAUGUUCCUCCGCAAGGUUACCAUCAACCACCGAGACCAAGAUCGCCAUCGGCGGAGCAACGGGACGCUCAGAUGAUGGCGUCAUCCCAGGAGAUCCUCUAUCGGGAUUUCAAGCUCAAACAAUCAUACGAAAUGCCGCCGCAGUCAUGCGCCCGACUUCCUCCGACCGCCAGACCAACGGACGAACCCAGAGGUCGUCCCACAGAACCUAUACCUCGAGACCGUUCUCCAUACGAUCCGUACUACCGAGCAGCUCCCUCGGCUGCAACACCCCCCUCAAAGUACUAUGCCCCACCGGAGCAUCACAAACAAUCAAUAAGCCCAGCUUCGUCCGCCGCAUCGUCACCAACACCCAUGCAUUCUCAAAACCGAAGUCCUGCUCCAAUUCCACCGCCUAAACCACAGCAACUGGGAGGAAUGCAUCCACCAUCAGGAUGGCCCAGCCAGAGUCGCGUAAUUCCUAGUCCACAUGGUGGAAGUGCCAACUCCUCACCCAUAUCGGUUCCUUCGUCAGUAAGUCCUAACCACUUUAUGCACCAGAAGAAUUCACCUAGUCCGGUAAACUCGUACGGAAUGCAACCGGGACCUAGUCACGGGUACAAGUCGCCAAGCCCGUCAUCUUCAUCGCCUUCGCCUUACGGCACUGCAGGGCCAGCUCCGGGGAAUUCAAUCACAAAAUAUACUCAGUAUUAUCCUUGCUCUAGCGGUGAACGAGCGGUUAGUAUAGAAAUCGACAAGGAAAGCUACAAACCAGGCUUCAAAGGUUUGGACUACAAUAUGGAACAGAAAUUUGCUGAGGUCUACCAGGCGCAUCAAAUGAAGGAGAAACACGCGGCUUCUGUAAAACCGGUUGAACCUUACCCGGGACAUCCCUACCCUGGAGGUAGUGCCGAGUAUCCUCGACAUGCCGGUCCCUCAGCUGGGCAGCAUCCUGCCUACAAACCAGUGAUAGAACACAAACCUCAAGAAUCAUACCUUGAUGAGUACGGUAGAUCCCGAGCUGUAUCGACGUCGGUGGUUCAUACGCAACCUUCACCAACCGCACCGAUAGCCGCCUCGCGAUACACACACAGUCAGGAGAAUCUCAACUACUACAAUCAAUAUCAAUACCCACCUCGAAUCAACGCAGACGUAGACAUCCGGAAGUCUGAACCACAGCUUUACAAACCUUCAAGUCGUGAUCCCUCGCCUGCUCAGCGAUACGCGUCCAACGACGCCUUAUAUCACUCCUCGAAACAACCGGCCUAUCCGCCAAGCCAACCAACAUCUUCUAAAGUUUCUCACCGUCCAGGAUAUCCUCCGAGUGGGAAUGAAAGCUCAACUUCGUCAACGCAAUACGGUAUACCACCAACCAGUAAAAGUUCCUAUCCAAGUUCUCCGUACGAUCGGUCUUCCGAGAAGCAACCAUCUGUGAUAAGUAACAACUACAGUCAGGAGCGAGCUGGACCUCGUGCGUCUUACCCUGAACAGAGACCUCAUCCACCGGUUGAGCAUUAUCCCCCAGGACAUCACUACCCACCGGGACCGCAGAUGAAAGCUUCUGCCUCACAGCCGCCUUACCCUCAGCAACACUCAGCCCAUCCAAGUGCUCCAGCUCCAAGCAGAGAUCCCGCAUGGCACUACCAACCGCCUCAUCAGCCAACACCUCCACAGCCAGGUUCCUCUGGAUACAGCUCCGAGCGGAUUCCCGCGGUGCGAGAUGAACGCCAAAACCCCGUAAUUCAGCCACCAAUUAGUAAAAACAUACCCGUCAAAGUGAUUGCUACUGCGAAUAUCGCACCAGCAGCACCGUCGUCCACGACUGUGGCACCAGCUACAAGCACUACAAAAAGAGAAUCACCCCUGGACUUGUCAGUGAAAACGGUCAAGACUAAAGCAGAUUCAACAGCCAGCGAUGAUUACGCUCACUCCAGCCGCAGCCGGGAAGUUGUUCCGCGGGUAAACUUCAAUCCAAACUUUAAGAAGCACAUCCCGAAACACCCGGAACGACCACCUGUCGAUAAUCGGCCACCGGCACCAAGUCAAGCCCAGCCGUAUCAUCCAUAUCUAUCACGGGAACCUCAGCCUAUCCCACCACAUCAACAUGCUCUACAACAGCCAGCAUCCUCGUCAUCAAAAUCGUCACCAGCACCAAGUUCACAGCCGGAACCGCAACCGAUGGCGAAUCUCGCGAUACCUCCCGGCUAUGACAAACGGACGGACGCCUAUAUGUCUGCAAACUACCGAGCCGUAGGUGGCUCGGGUGAAGGAUCCAGCUUACGCUACCAACAAGAAAACCACUAUCCCGCACCAUCCUCGAGACCUGCUCCUCCAGAACAUCGGGAACUUCCAGUCCCGUACGGGAUUCCACCAGGACCUUACCCCCAUCGAUUACCUCCAGGAAUUCCAGCUCCUCAGCAUCCCUAUCAACAGCCGGGAUCCUCCUCGAAACCUGACCCGUACUACCCGAGCAAUUCCAAAGCAACUUCUUCUGCGAGCAGUAGAAGCGUUUACUAUCCACCACAUGAAGUUGGACGACCUCCCAGCAAGCACCCUGGCGCACCCCAGAAACCAACGAUGAACGAUCCUCGCAUCGAAGAUCGCAAGUUCGUAGAGAGUAUGCUGAAGAAGCAAACCUCCCCUUCGGCCGAGGUGAUUGCAGAUCUGCAAGCUGGAAAGUUUUCCACUAGAAUACCAUCCGCUUUGGCACCCGCCAAGAAACGACCAGCCGAAUCAAUCCCGAAGACAUCCCCGACUAAGGUGCCCCGAGUUGAAGAAUCUAGCCUUCAUCGACCGUACGAUAGUAGCUACCGUCAUCCACCGUAUCCAGGGCCCGCCGCACCAAGAGACUACUAUUCCGUGCCCAUAAAGCAUGAACCGGCAAGCCCUCAACCAGCAGGCGUGUAUUACACUGACAAGCGUUCAGAGGCACCUUCGAUAACUCGGGGGGUUUUAACGACUACACAAAGCCAUACCUCACCAGCGGCACCCACUCACUCGGUAUUACAACAAAACGUUCAACAGAACAUCCGUCAAGUGGAUCCGCACCCGUCGGUAAUAACCAGCUACCAACCGAAUAAACCGCAGGAGAUGCACCGAGGACUUGGCGAACCUCCGCAGCAAAGAGACUACAGGGUUCCUUUUAGUCAACCGGACGAUCGGCAGUUUUACCCAAAACCGGAGCCCUUUCGUCAAGGCCACGGUGAUUCGAAGUACUACGGAUCACCGGUAGACAAAUCAUCUUGUACACCUGACCAAAACAACCACCAAACAACGCCCUCGACCAUCGUAAUGCAUUCGCACAUCCAAUACAGUGGCCAACCUCCCGUCCCAUACAAACGCCCCGAGGUACCGCAAACCGUGCCUCGAUCAGACGCCUUCUACAACCUCCCAAACCACGUGGCACGUCCCCCAAGUAUUGUGGAAAACCACCACAGCAAAUCCUACGAAAAUAUCCCCCAUUUGAUCAGUGACCCGCAGAAACGUACGCCACCACUUCUACACUCCAGCCAGGAAUCUCUGAGCCAGACAUCGUCUGCACCAUCCCCGCAGCACCGUGGAGCAGAUCAAUCCGUAAUAUCCAAGCUGCGAACCAGCCUGGAACAGAAGGAACGCAUCAAUCAGCUACGCAAGCAAACCAGUUCCGAAAUGUCCGAGGAAGAAUCCAAACCGGCGGACGUCAGUGCAUUUCCACCAUCGCAUUUUCGUUCCAAAGGUGCCAUGAAAGCGUACACACCGAUUCCGGCUUUCGAUAUGCCAGCUUCAACGCCGCCUCAGCAGACACCGCCAACCAACGAAUCACCAGUCCGUCAACCGAGUCCGGUGAAACCGGAACCCGUCGAAAUUCCAGAAGAACCAAUCGAACCUCCGCCGGAUAUUGAGGGAACCUCAGCCCUAGAUAUUCUGGAUUGGGGUAGCGCCUGUAACGAAUUCGUUGAACAACUGCAAACCGGAAAGAAACGAGGAAGACGGAAACGUGGAAUGGUGGCAAAGCGGGAAAACGAAGCGACUGGACAGGAUAGCUUUCGCAGCGAUCUACCAGGAAUGGCCAGUAGUGCACUCGCCGAUAUACCACAAGAAGUGCUUAAAUCAGCAGCCCAGGAAAUGAUGGGGGAUUUUUCCAGUUCCAGCGAUGAGGAUAAACCACUGCAUUUGCUGAAACAACAGCAGCCGAGCUCGGCUGGAGAGCUGCUGAAGGAAGCUGAAGAUCCUCUUCUGGCGGUACGGAAUUCAACGAUGGAAAAGCUAUCGGAGAAGAUCGCUCGCAAUAUCCGGGAAAAGCAGCGGUUGGAGUUGGAACAGCGUCACGAGGCGAAACUCGGUCGAUCGAGCAGCUCGGAUAGUGAGUCGGAUACGAGAAGAGUUGUGCAGCGUUCGAAGAUGCGAGCGAGGAAGCUGAGGCAUCGUUCUAGUGUGCCGUUGAAGUUGUCCGAUGUGAACACCGACGGGGAAGAUGAGGAAGAGGAAGAAGAGGGAGCGAGGGAUUUGAGGAAGCGAAAGAAGAUGGAGCAGACCUCGUCGGAAUCGGAGGGGCCGAAUGUGAAGCGGGUGAGCAGAUGUCAAUCGCAAAUCAAGCAGGAAAAUGGAAGUGACUUGAGCUCGGAUGAAGAUGAUUCUAAAGCCCGAACGCCGGGUAGUAAGGAUAGAGCACCGGAGGUUAAGAGCGAACGUGGGAAUGGGGUGGGUGCACCGUCCGAUAGUGACGGCAAUGAUGUGAAACCGAAGGAGUCGGUUAAUGGGAAGAAGAAUCGGGAGACUGACGCUCAGUUAAGCGGGAAUGAGUCGGAGAAGAGUGAGAAAGAUACGAAGAAAGGUGCUAAGAAGUUGGUGAAAACAAGGGCCCGGUCAAAGUCGAAAGUGGUAGAAGAGUCUUCGGAAAGUUCCGAGUCUUCGGUGGAAGAGCUGGAAACGAUGACGAGAUCGAAAAGUAAGUUGGAAUUAGAAAAACGUCGGUCCAAUAGUAAAGUGUUGAGAAAUGAUAAAAUAGUGGAAAAUUGCGUCAAAGAACGCAAAAAGUCGGAGAACAUUACACCCCAGAAAGGCAGGAGGGGGACUCUCAAUGCUAAGCUGGAGGCUACCAAGAAAAGAAUUCUUGAUAGUGAUUCCGACUGUAAAUCAAUUGGUACUAAGAAACGAAGCAGAAAGGUGUCAAAGUUGCAGACCACCUCCGCAUCCGAUAGUUCCGAGGAAAGUGACGCUGAAACUGUUUCCGAGCGUUUAAGGUCCAGAAAGCAGCAGAAGUGUUCGGAGACAUCAGCGCCUUCAUCGGCUUCCAAGAGAGGAAAUAGUUUGGAGAGUAGAACGCCGGCGAAACAGUCCGGAGCAGCGGAGAAGAAGAAUGUCAAGGCGGAGCCGCAAAAGAAACGCGGCCGUCAGCCGAAGAAGACAUCGAAAGAUUGCGCAACGGAAAAUACAAGCGAAAAUUUUUACCCAGGCUGGGAGAAGGAGCUUUACGAGUUUAAGAGAUCCCUGAAAGUGCCUCCACAGUUGAUCAUGAUCGGUGGUCGACAGUACGUGCAUAGAAUCUCCGCCUCCCUGCCGGAUUUGGAUUCACAUCACAGUGACGAAUCGGAAACGUUUUCGGAGAUAGUGAGGAAAAUCAAUCAGAAAGAUACACCGACCGGUAAGAAGGUCAAAACAAAGGCCGCUUCGAAGCAGGCCAGUAAAAGUGCUGUACUAAACACUGAGCAACAGGAGGAGAAAAAGAAGAUCGACGGAAAUAAGAAGUUCUCGUCGAUUAUUGAGCUUCUUCACGAGAGAAUGCUUCGGCACGUCAAGCUAGCGAAGGCGAAAAAGUCAAAGGCGAACAAUGACAAGGAGGCUUCGAAGCCUAAGGCGGAAUUUGAACUGCUUCCGACGCCUGGAGCGGAGAGUGAAGCACUGUUCAAUCGAAAGAAAAAGUCUCUGUUCGAUACAGCGAUUAUGAAAUCCCGAACUCGAACCGAGCAGAAGGUGAUGCAAAGCAAGGAAAUCAUUCGGGAGGUUUUCGGCGGGGAAGAUGAGCGGCCGCAGUCAGCUCCGCCCCUUGGAUGCAUGCAGCAGCUGAAGAAUGUAACCUACGAUGAAAUGUAUAACGAAAUGCUUACGAAAAGUAACAACGUGGCAACGUUUCUAGCGCAGAAGAAAGCUCAGGAGGAGAAGGCUCGGGCGCUGUCCUCUGGACAGCAGCCGGGUUCUUCAACGAAGGUAAAGAUCGAAGAUUUAGACGAUGAAACCCAGGAUAGCGUGCUGAAGGAGCUAGGCAGAGUUACCGAGGAAUGUGACACACCUUCGGUAGUUUCCGAGAGAGAUUUGGCAACGCCGGUUUCGUUCAAAAGUAUUGGAAAGAAAAAGCAGCACAAGAGUAGGCGGAAAGGUAGUUCGGGGUUCGAUUACAUUCGAAAGAAGAAGAAACCGCAACCGGUGAACGAGAGCAGCACUCCAGUAGUGCCGAAAAAGAAGAUCACCUCGGUGUUUGAGAACCUCGUUUCGAAAGAUGAGACGCACAUCAGCAAGGAGAUUCGUAGCUGGGUUUUGAACAAAGGAGUCGGUGAAAGUGUGAUGCACAAAGCCGCUCGGCUCGGGUACACCGACGUGAUUGUCUACUGCUUGGAGCGCCUGGAGAUGGAUCCGGAUCUGAAGGACAAUGCUGGAUAUACUCCACUGCACGAGGCCUGCGCCAAAGGACACCUGGAUAUAUGCAACUAUCUCCUGCAGUACGGAGCAAGUCACUCGGAAACUGCCCCUUCCGGAGUUCGACCACUCCACGAAGCAGUCGAGAAUUCGUUCAUCGAAGUCGUACGCUUACUGCUGGCAUUCGGAGCAGACCCGAUGCUAGCGACGUAUGCCGGACAAACACCGAUUCAGCUGGCAGAAAACAACGAAAUGGCGCUCUUUCUGGAGAAUCAUUUGUACGACAUUCAAAGUUUGAGCCCGCUGAAAACCGGCUGGAAGAUGGAUGGACCUUGGAAGAUGCACGAUCCGGAAGAAAGUGGUUGCAACAUAUUCGCCGACAUUCCCGGCUUUUCGGACGACGAAAACCUGCAGAACAGUUCAGCCACAACGGAACGUUCAACGCUGAGCAAUUCGACUGGAUCGGAUGUGGUUGAUAGCAAGCCAACAGUUUGUCUUCCUCCACCUCCACCACCGUUGCCACCGCCCGUACUUCCAGCUCCAGUACCGCAGGCGACACCGAAAAAGUGUGACUCCAACUCGAACAUCAUGAACUUUGAGGUUAAACUGGAACCGGAACCUAUCCUCGAACGGAAGUACCAGGACUGUGCAGUGGUCCUGAAUGACAUUCAUGAGCUGAACAGUGCUCAGACAACACCGGAUGCGGCAAACUAUGUAAACGGGCAAUUGCAAAGGAUGGCCUUUGAACGUGACUGUCCAGAGAACUGCGCCAACUCAAACGGUGUCACUCGAUUCGACGAAAGUGACGACCAGGAAGAUUUUAUGUUUGAAUACGAGGAAGCUGAUCGACCACUGCCGCCGCUGUAUCUGCUCAAGGAUGAAUCCGGCGGGGACAAGUGGGUUCUGAUGACCGAUCUGUGCAACUUUCUGAAGCUUAAAUCGAAGGAAGCGGUAAUGAAGCAGAUCUGCUCAAGUGCGACCACCAUCAACACCAACAAUGGCACCGGCUGCCGGGAAAUCAUUCGGGAACUCAAAAUCGAAGAGUUCCUGACACGUGCCAGCUGCCUGCAGCUGCUGUGUGCAGGCGAAAAACUCAACAUCAACUCCAACAAGGUGAUACUGGUCAAGUACAACGAGAAUGUGCGCAAUUUGCUGCAGGUGCAAACGAUGGUCACCAAAAUCUAGGAAGACAUCAAAUACUAAUGAAGGGACGACCGAUGGAGAAUAUUCCCAUCGAACCGAGAGGAUCGGAUGCCGGAACACGACAAACGAACAAAAGAAUAUGCCUUACGUAGAUGGGAAACCAGGGGGCGAUAAUGGUUAGUUAAGCAAAAGCAACUGGAAAGACUUGACCGAUAGAUAAUGCUUGAAAUGGAACAAAACUUGCUCAGGUUACGAUUAUUAGAGGGAGUAGGAACACAAAAUGUACCAUUUUUGCGUUAUUAUAGCUACCACCAGAGAUUGAGUUUUGUUCGUAGCUUCGAUGAGUUUUAGUGGUAAACACACAAAAUUCAUUUUAAGUUCUAUUCUCACUUUGCUGAUUCAACAACCGAGCACAGACUGAAUAGAAUAAUGAUGUUUGAAACAAGCACGUUCAAACACCGUGCCUUCUUGUGUAUGGUUAAAACAAAUGCCGGGCAUUUUAUUUGAACGAGAAAACUGAUUUUUCGCAAAACUCACACAUCACAAUCAAAACAGUACACACAGCGAUCGACCGGCCUGCUUCGGUCGGAUGAGACGGAAAGAAAAUGAAAUGAAAUCGACGCUUGAAAUUUUUCAAGCUGUGAAACAUUUCACACAAUGUGUUCGACACACUGAAAAAAAAUCAUGUACGGUAUUUUUGUUUUGUUUUUAAAAUCGAUUAUGUCAAUCGGAACAACAUAUAAUUAGCAUGCAUAGGAUCUAAUGUCAGCACAAGCGAAAUAAUCAGUUCACAAUUUUAGUUAAAGUUUCCAUUACUGUUUAAGUGUUAGUUGAGUUGCAACUUAAAUCCGUUCUGUUAGGUGUGAUUCGUUUUGCAAGAAUAUUUAUUUUAGUUCGAAUUUGCUUGUUUAGUUAAUGCUUAUUUUAGUAGUAUUAUAAUCUAAAGCAACCGUAUUUUAUGUUGAUAGACGAAAAAAGAUUAUACUGUUUUGUAAUAAACUAACCGAAUCAGCUUCCGUUUCGUUUAACAAUUUACUAUUUUGCUAAUUUAACGUGAAACGAACGAAACUACUCCGCUGUUUAGAUGUAACCAAAACUGAAGGAGAACCGUAUCGUAUCUAUCUUCAAACUCACAUUGAUAUGUGCACUAAGUGCAGAACUAGGUGGAAAACAUUUAACAAAGUUUAAAAUAAUUCUACAACUCUAAUUGUUAUCAGUUUUAUAGCAUCGUGCAGCAACUGUAUAGAAUAAAAUUCACAAUUUAGUUUUAAGUUGAAAUGAAAAAACGGCUGACCGAAGCGAGGGAGCUAGUCUUUCGAUUCCGGUUCGCCACAUUCACUCGACUCUUCGGUCCGGAAUCCUUGUAAAAGAUUCGCCCCCUCGUAACGGGAACGUUGAUUUUAUACCGAUUAGGAUUAGCUAACUACUCAAAUUGAACGAGACUUGAAUUAAAUUAAAAAAAAAGAUGAAAAAAGAUAAAUCACACGAUGACGGAUGGUUUCGCUAAACAUUAAAACGUAGCUAAAAACAAACUGGUGAUGGUUGACUUUGGCGGAUCAAGAACGUUAGUGACAGAUGGAUGGACACCCGCGUGCAAUCGGCUUAAAAUCAUUGUUUAUUUCUAGCGGGUAAGUUUAUUGCGAUGGUAAACAAAAUACUGAAUUAUUUAGUUUUCGACUAUAGUGGUUUAAAAGAAGAAGAAGAAGAAACAAAGUGAACGGAAAAUAUGUCGAUAGAGCGAACACAAAACCGUUUAUGGCUGCAACUGGCUGUAGCGGUGAAGAUUCUAUGUAAAAUAGAAAGCAAAGAAAUGUGAUUUUCGCAGAAUAUACAACUUAUUAUAUUAUUACGCCUAUGAGACAGAGACAAAACGUAAGAAAAUAGUAUAUUAUCAUGAAAAUAGAAUAAAACUGAAAUUGAUUACA